UCAAAUACAACACAGGCUGACUUUAGUUCAAGAGAGAACAUAAAAUUAUCAACGAUCAAUACGUGCACCAAUUGUUCCAACAGUUUGUGUUGCACCAUCGGAUAGAACAGAUCCUAAUUGAACUGAUAUUGUACGCUGAAAAAGUUUGAAAUACACUGUUAAGUAUGAUGAAAAGGACCAUGUUGCAUAGUUGCAUCAUUACAAUUGUGUUGCUGUUAGUUUGUACUCAAAGUGCUAGAGUGAAGUUCAUUAGUGAUUAUGAUAAUUAUAAUAGUGGUGAUGAUGAUACGAAUACAUCAAUAAUCAGAGGAGCGGUCAACAUAGGGCGCGAAAUCAGCGGCAUUUUGUUUGGUACAAGACCAUCACGACAUCGAACAACUGCUAGACCUGAUAGUAGACUUCCUUCAUACAGGCAUCCUGAUUCAACAGGAAACAAUGGAUUCUCAGGAUCAACUGCAGUGGCAAGUUCGCAAAGUAUCCAAAGCGGGCAAACUGGAUCGUCUGUUACUGCUGCCAACUCUCAGUCAGCCACUAUAAACGGGGGUCAGUCAGGGUUUGUAGGAUCAUCAGCCGGUGCCAGUUCUAGCUCAAUAACAUCCACAAGUGAUGGAUCUACGGGAAGUAAGACUGGAGCUUUUUCUGGAGCUGCAUCAGGUGCAAAUUCAAAUUCACACAAUACAAUUACAAACUCAGUUUCUUCUGCCAGUUCUCAAACAGCGGUUCUCGACUCGAGAUAUCCAGGAUUUGGAUUUGCUGGAUCGAGUUCUAGUGCAAAUUCGGCUACCCAAGGUUUCAACUCUAUCAUUGGAUCAUCAGGGAAUAGCGCAGCAACGGCGAAUUCCCAAUCAACGGUGAUCAAUUCUAACGGUUUCGGAACUGCAGCUUCAAGUGCCAAUUCAAACGCGUUCAACCAACAAAUUGGAGAAUUCGGUUCAUCCGGUUCCAAUGCAAACGCUAACUCGUUUACUCAUGGGUUUGGUCCGAACGGAUUCGGAAGUAGUGCGGCCAAUGCGCAGUCAAAUUCGUUCCAAAGUACAAGCCCGUUAGGAUCAUUCGGUGCAUCAAACUCUGCAUCUCAUUCACAAGGGUUUUCUGUUGGAGCUGAUGGAGUAUCCGGGUCAGCAGCAAUUUCUGGAAGCCAAACGUACAGAGUGCCGUACCACAAGGAUGUAACAUUGUCAUACUCAACAGGAUUCUCUACGUCGAAUGCUGGAUACAAUCCAGCAGUAGCGAAUGGUGGUUCUUUCAGGUUUAGCUAGUUUCAGUUGUAAGAUUGAUUACCGAGUUCUUGAAAGUGCAUAUUACAGGUAUAAUGUAGGUAUUAUAAUUGUUUGUUAUGAAUCGAUAUCUUA